CAUCCCCGCACGUAUUUUUCUCUCAAUGAUCAGACGUGUCAAUACCGAGGAGCCAGAGACGCUAUAAUUCUGCUAUUUUUUCAUCGUCCUCUCUCCACAGCCAUCCAUCCAUGAUUCAUCUCAGUUUCUGUCAGAUGGGUUUUUGCUCUUUUCGUUGUAGUUUUCUCUUUCAUUCUCCUCAUAUCACAAGAGCCAAAGCCCACUCAGAUGUUGCUGCAAUAGGAGAAAGAGAGCCAUGGCUGAGAGACAGAUGUUGGAUCGGGAGAUUGAGGUAAGUACCUUAUAUGAAUGCCAUGCUGUGGAUAAAAUCAACUCAAAUGGGAUAUGGUUCGGAGACGACCCUCUCUCCUUCUCGGUUCCUCUGUUGUUGCUGCAGCUUUCCCUCAUUUCCAUCUUCACGCGUUCCAUUUACAUCCUUCUCAAGCCCUUUGGCCAACCUUCCAUUGUUUCUCAGAUUCUUGGUGGUGCAAUUCUAGGGCCUUCAGUUCUUGGGUGCAACUCGAAGUUUGCAGCCAAAGUUUUCCCAGUAGAAGGAAGAACAGUUCUCGAAACAUUUUCAGUCUUUGGUUUUAUGUUUUUUAUCUUCCUAAUCGGGGUAAAAAUGGAUGCGUCAACAGUUCUUCAUUCUGGUAAAAGGACAUUUGCCGUAGGAUGUUUGGGCUUUUUCGUUCCUCUGGCAUUUGGUAAAUUUCUUGCCUUGAUCCUUGGCCAAGUUAUCCAAUUGGAUGAUGGUGUUCGUCGUGCGCUGCACAUGGUCAUAAGAUUGGAGUCUGAUUCGUCAUUCCCAGUUAUUGCUUGCUUUCUGUAUGAGCUCAAGAUCCUAAAUUCUGAGCUAGGACGUCUUGCAAGCAAUGCUUCCAUUGUAUCUGAUAUUUGCCACUGGUCCAUUACAAUAUUCAUUAUUGCUGUAAAAAUGGCUGUGACAAAAUCCCCCAAAACGUCAAUGGGUUCUCUUCUGUCAUUUGCCCUUCUCAUCAUCCUCAUCGUCUUCGGAUUUCGUCCUGCAGCUUUAUGGGUAAUUCGACAUACUCCAGAAGGGAAACCGGUUAGGGAGAUCUACAUCUUUCUGAUUUUUGUUGCUCUUCUAUGCUGUGGUUUACUUGGGGAACUUAUAGGAGUGAGUGCUUUCUUCUCAUCUUUCAUUCUGGGCUUGGUGAUACCAGAUGGACCUCCGUUGGGGGCUGCAAUAGUGGAAAGACUUGAAUGUUUUGUUUCAGUUCUGCUUAUGCCCAUCUUCUUCACGAUGUGCGGAUUGAAAAUGAACGUUUUUGCAAUACAGAAGUUGGAGAAUGUGGGUGUACUUCAACUAUUUGUUUUAGUUGGCUUCAUUGGGAAAAUGAUAGGCACAGCAUUGCCUCCAAUCUUCUUUCGGAUGCCAGUCCGAGAUGCAGUCUCUCUUGGACUCAUUAUGAACUCCAAAGGCAUCAUUGAUCUUGCAAUGUUGAAUAAUUGGAGAACAGAAAAUGAAAUUAAUGAUGAAUGCUUCGCCAUCUUGAUUAUCUCUGUGGUAGUUAUAACAGGGGUUGUUUCACCCCUUGUGAAAACUCUGUACGAUCCUUCGAGAAGAUUCCUCGCUUACAAGAGGAGGACUAUUCGACACCAUCACCAUAAUGAGGAACUGCGCGUGCUUGCUUGCAUUCACAGCCUAGACAAUGUCCGAACAAUGAUCAUGCUGCUGGAUGCCUCUAAUCCUACCAAAGAAACUCCGAUUAGUUUGUUUGUCCUACACCUCAUUAAGCUUGCAGGGCGUGCCUCUUCCCUUCUCAUUCCCCACAUGCCUCGUGACAAGUCAUCUCAGGACCCUACACAAUCUGAGCGCAUCUUCAAUGUUUUCAGAAAAUUUGAACAAGAAAACCGUUACCAUCUGAAAGUGCAUUGCUAUCAAGGCAUUUCGCCUUAUGCAUCAAUGCACAAUGAUGUAUGUUCCCUAGCUUUAGAACAGAGAAUAUCCUUUAUAAUCAUCCCUUUCCAUAAACAGAAAUACAGGGCAGAAUCAUCCCAUGUGUAUAGGCACCUGAACAAGAAUGUGUUUGAAAAGGCUCCUUGCUCAGUUGGGGUUCUUAUUGACCGUAGGAACUGGAGAAAAUCAAGACUUCUUCUUUCAGAGUCCUCGUACUAUCAAGUUGCGGUGCUCUUCUUUGGGGGUGCAGAUGACAGAGAGGCAGUAGCGUAUGCAGGACGUAUGUCAGAACACCAAACCGUGACAAUUACUCUGUUACAUUUUACUUCAUCAACAAUACUGGUAGGAGGCACGGCAAGGUGCAAGAUGCUUGAUUCUGAAAUAUUGGAGGAAUUUAAGCAAAAUGCCUCACGAAAUGAGCGAGUAACAUACCAGGAAGAGAUGGUAAUGGACAACACUUCAGGAGCACUUGGGGUGAUCAGAUCAGUAGGUACUUACUAUGACCUUGUUAUUGUAGGGAGACGUCAUGGAGACUCACGAUUUAUAUCUGACCUUGGAAAACGGAAAGAAAAUGGAGACUUGGGAACAUUAGGGGAGAUACUUGCUUCCUCGGAUUUUGAAGGUGGGGCUUCAGUUUUGGUGGUGCAGCAACAGACCAAAGUAUGGGGCUUACGCGAUCCUGAAGAGUCAACAAGAUUGAGAAGGGUAAAGUUGUAGAGAUUUGAGGAGUUGCAGUGCAUGUUAUGAUACUUAUAGACUUGGUUCUGCAACAAAUGUGCAGCUAUCCGCAUAGAUUUUUUUUUUCCCCUUAUUUUAUUUAGAAACAUGAGUAAUAGCAAAUCAAUGUCUAUACAUGAAUGUCUGGAUUUGAAUAGGAAUUUUGUGGCCAAGACUAGUAGGAUCACUCUUUUGCUCCUAACGUAGGUUAUCAGAUUCAAACAGGUUAAGCUACUUGUGGCAGAUAAUUAUCAUAUGAUGAGGCAACACCUGCAGUUGAUAUUGCUGUUCGAACUUU